AUGGACAAUGUGUCACCAUUGGAACCAAGCCCGGCACCAGCAUCCACACAGGUUGAUGCCCCUGCACCAGCGUCAGCACCCAUAAGUGCUGAGACCAUCCCCGCUGAGGGUGAUGCUGGGUCUUCACCUGUACAGACCACAGAAAAGAAGGAUAAAGACAAGGAAAAGGAGAAGGAUAAAGAGCAUAAGGAACACAUCACUAUCGAGGACCUAACUCUUCCAAAGUCUAUAAUAACCCGAUUAUCCAAGGGCGUACUGCCUCCCAACACACAGAUCCAGGCCAAUGCUAUCAUGGCCCUUAGCCAAAGCACCACAGUCUUUAUCAACUACCUAGCCUCCCACGCCAACGAAAACACUGUGAACGCUGGCAAAAAGACCAUCGCCCCAGCAGAUGUCUUCAAGGCCCUGGAGGAGACCGAGUUUGCUUUCCUGCGUGAGCCUCUCGAAGCUGAGUUUGCUAAAUUCAACGCUAUCCAAACUGAGAAGCGCACAUCCUACCGCCAAAAGGUCCGCGCCAAAAAGUCAGAUGGUGCAGACACCGACAUGCCUGAUACGUCUCACGUUGAGACUGACGCAGACACAACGAUUCCUUCGACAGGCCCACUGGCAAAGCGCCCCCGUGUCGAGCCUGGUAAUGCUGACGCCGAAGAGGAUGCCGUGACUGAAGAUGAAGUUGAGAUUCCCGAGGAUUCCGACGAUGACGAGGUAGAAGACGAGGAAGAUGAAGAGGGUGAGGGAGAAGCUAGUGGCGACGACCCCCAAGAUGCCCUCGAGGCCAAGGAAGGAAAGGAAGACAGAGACGAGGCUCUGGAUGGGGAUGAGAGCGAUUAA